AAGUUUUCAGAAUGACUUCCUUGGUUGACAUGCCCCUGGAUUAUGAAAAGAUGUUUGCUCAUCGAUUCACAUCAGAUGAUAAAGAAUACCAAGAAUAUCUGAAACGCCCUGUAGAUCCCCCUCCUAUAGUUGAAGAAUGGAGAAACAGGUCUGGUGGCAACCAGAGAAACCGUGAUAGGUUUCAAGAUGGUAGAUAUUUUAGAGGGGACAGAUACAACUGGCAAGGUGAUUAUAGAUCUAAUCAGAGGCCAGAAAGAGGCUGGGGUAAUAACUACCAGCAGCACAGACAAGGACAAUCGUACUCUUCCCACUAUGGACAAUAUGGCUACAACUCCUACAACCCAGGGCCUCGUUACCAUCCCUACUGAUGAUACUCAUGGUUUGAAAGUCCAGUAAUGCUAUGUAAGAAAUUCAGUUAGACAUCAGUUUUCUUAUUUUUCUGUAGUUUUAUAGAUAACCGAAGAAUCAGAGUUACAGUCCAUUGCUGUUUAUUUGUAGUGUGAAUAGGGGAUACCUUUUAUGUAUAAUAAAAGCAUAUGAUACUGAGUUUGUUUAGAGUCUGUAGAUCGUAGAUUAAAUUUCUAGCUCAUUCUUCUGUCUGAAUGCAUACUAGUAGACUUCUUUCAUCACUGAGACUUAUAUUUCAGAAAACCCAACAGGUCAGGGAAAAUAGCUGUGGUUUGUAUGCAGCCUGUAGCAGUGGCACAUGGCCUUAAAAUAGUUCUUUUUGAAAGUGACAAACUGGUGUCUUUCU